CACCGCCCUCCCCCAACCAAUCUUGCCCACACCGCAGAUGCCUCCUGCGCCCCCAAACGAUGGCGACAGGGACGCCGCCGCCCUAACACGCGCCUCCUUCCACCUCCCCCAGCUCGUCUUCCCGCCGACCACCGUGGUCGGGCUGCGGCGACCACCAGAGGUCCGCCGCCGGCAGGAGCUCCCUCCUUCUCCACUACGAGGCACCAGCAUAGGGGGACGACUCCUCCUUCCAUCCCUAGCCGCGGCGUCCAACCUCUAACGCCGCUUGAAACCCUAGCCCGAAUCCGGCAGAGGCACCUGAAGGAAGGGGCGGGCCAUGGAGAAGCUACAAGGUGUGGGCCUGAAGCCAUGGAUGGAUGUGUUUGGUAUGAGGAUAGCGGACGGCGAGGAGGCACCGAACCGAGCGGCGGGCAAGGACGAAGUGAAGCUGCGCGCACGGUCGUCCUAUCCCUCCUCCGCCUGCUGUUACUGGAAGCAAGCGCAGUACCAUCUCAUCUCAUCCACGAGAAGCUAUUUUUGGCUUACAUGAAGGGAUGCAUGCUCUUCAUCUUGCAGGACUCAGGGCAAUGGAUAAAAUCUAGAUGCCAAGUUGACUUUUUUCCUGCGGAUUUGCUUAUCGUGAAGAUGCACAAAGGUUUGAUAGCUCAAGCAUUGGAUGUUGGCAAAAUAGAAGUUCCUUCACCAAAGGAAGAAAGUAGUUCCACCGAUUCAGAAGCUAGUAGAGAUACUGAAAACUUUGACACUAGUGGCGAUGACGACAAUGAUCGUAAUCACAAGCACCGAAGACCAUUGCCAUGUUCUUGCAUACUAUAGUAUUAUCUCGAUCACAGCAUUGAAAUAGUAAGAUCUAUUACUUCACAUUUUCUGUAUCAUGAGAACCACGGCCGCGUUGUGCCAAUAUAUGUGUAGCCUUCAAAGGUGUCCUCUUAACUGUAGUUGCCGUUA